UUAUUUGCCGCGCUGGGUGCAUUUCGACUGGAAGAGGAACGCGGAGCUGAGCUCCGACCCCGGAGCGGCUACAGGAUGACCGGGGCUUGCGGUGCCUGGGAUUUUCUGUGUCUUCUGAUCCUGCUAAGCUUCCAGACAGGUUAUCUUCAACCUUCUACUAGUCCGGCUAAUUAUUCUUCACCAUCAAUCACUCCAGCCAGAUCACAGUUAACAGUGAAUUUUGGAAGUGAGAUUAAGUUGUCAUGUAGCGAUCUUCACUUUGUAAACUGGACUUUUGAGAAUGCCGCCCUCCAUCUUGAAUCAAGCAGAACUACCGAAACGUGGCUCACGACCAACGCCAAGGCUCAAGACACAGGCAGAUAUACGUGUACCAACAAAAUGGGCUUGAGCAGUUCCAUUUAUGUAUUCGUUAAAGAUCCCAAAAUUCUUUUCCUUUUGGAUCGUCUUCUCUAUGGGAACGAAGGCAGUGAUGCUUUAGUCAAUUGUCCUGUGACAGACCCAGAGGUCACCAAUUUUACCUUGAGAUUAUGUGAUGGAAAGCCGCUUCCCAAGGACCUGACACUUAUUCCUGAUAUACAGAAAGGCAUCACUAUUAAAAAUGUGAAGAGAAGUCACAACAAGAUCUGCUUCCAAUGUUCUGCCUACCAAGAUGGACAGUUGAAGCUCUCUGACAGGAUGACCCUGAAAGUGAGGCCAGCCCCGCAGAGCGUGCCAGAAGUCAGCUUGCUCCAAACCAACUACCUUCUCAGGGAGGGAGAGACCUUUCAGGCCACAUGUAUGAUUAAAGAUGUGGCCAGCUCGGUGGUGUCCAUGUGGAUAAAGGACAACAACAGGAUUAGCACACAUACUCAAAGCAGGCAUUCUGGUGAUUAUGCUUAUGAACGUCAAGACAUAUUAACAAUCAGUCCAGUGAGAGUUAAUGAUUCUGGAGUUUUCACAUGUUUUGCCAAUAAUACUUUUGGACCUGCAAACGUUACAGCAACCUUAAAAGUAGUAGAAAAAGGAUUCAUUAACAUUUUUCCCAAGAUGAAUACCACAAUUUUUAUAAAUGAUGGAGAAAACAUAGACUUAGUGGUCGAAUAUGAAGCAUUUCCCAAACCCGAACAUCUUCAGUGGAUAUAUAUGAAUGGGACAGUGACUGACAAAUGGGAUGAUUAUACCAAGCCAGGGAGUGAGAGCACCAUCAGGUAUAUAAGUGAACUUCACCUUAACAGACUAAAGGGAACUGAAGGAGGCCCUUAUACCUUUUCAGUGUCUAAUUCAGAUGUCAGCACUUCUGUAACAUUUAAAGUUUAUGUAAAGACAAAGCCAGAGAUUCUUACAUCUGACAGACUCAUGAAUGGCCUGCUCCAGUGCGUGGCAGCAGGGUUUCCCAAACCUACAAUAGACUGGUAUUUUUGUCCAGGAACUGAGCAGAGGUGUUCAACAUCUGUUCUGCCAAUGGAUGUGAAGACAAAUUCAUCCAUGCUGCCACCCUUUGGAAAAAUAGUGGUUGAAAGCACCAUUGAUUCCAGUGCAUUUAGAUACAAUGGCACUGUUGAGUGUAAGGCUUCCAAUGAUGUUGGCAAGAGUUCAGCCUUUUUUAACUUUGCUAUUAAAGGUAACAUUAAAGAACAAAUCACUUCGCACACACUAUUCACACCUUUACUGAUUGGCUUUGUGGUAGCAGCAGGACUGAUGUGCGUCAUCGUAAUAAUUCUAACCUACAAGUAUUUCCAGAAACCCAUGUACGAAGUUCAGUGGAAAGUCGUGGAAGAGAUAAAUGGGAACAACUAUGUUUACAUAGACCCAACACAACUUCCUUAUGAUCACAAAUGGGAGUUUCCCAGAAACAGGCUGAGUUUUGGGAAAACACUUGGUGCAGGAGCUUUUGGGAAAGUGGUUGAGGCUACUGCCUAUGGCUUGUUUAAAUCGGAUGCUGCAAUGACCGUUGCUGUGAAGAUGCUGAAACCAAGUGCCCAUUUAACUGAACGAGAAGCUCUAAUGUCUGAACUGAAGGUCCUGAGUUACCUCGGUAACCACAUGAAUAUAGUGAAUCUUCUUGGAGCGUGCACUAUUGGAGGGCCCACAUUGGUCAUUACAGAAUAUUGUUGCUAUGGUGAUCUUUUGAAUUUUUUGAGAAGAAAGCGGGAUUCAUUUAUUUGCUCAAAGCAUGAAGAUCACGCAGAAGCAGCGCUUUAUAAGAAUCUUCUUCAGUCAAAGGAGUCUUCGUGCGAUGGUGCUAACGAAUAUAUGGACAUGAAACCAGGCGUUUCUUAUGUUGUCCCAACAAAAGCUGAGAAAAGGAGAUCCGCGAGAGUAGGCUCGUACAUAGAGAGAGACGUGACGACCGCCAUCAUGGAAGAUGAUGAACUGGCUUUGGACAUCGAAGACCUAUUGAGUUUCUCUUACCAGGUGGCAAAGGGCAUGAGUUUCCUUGCUUCUAAGAAUUGUAUUCAUCGAGACUUGGCAGCCAGAAAUAUUCUACUUACCCAUGGUCGAAUAACAAAAAUCUGUGAUUUUGGCCUGGCCAGAGACAUCAAGAAUGAUUCCAAUUAUGUGGUCAAAGGAAAUGCCCGGCUACCUGUGAAAUGGAUGGCACCCGAGAGUAUUUUCAACUGUGUUUAUACCUUUGAAAGUGAUGUCUGGUCCUAUGGAAUAUUUCUUUGGGAGCUGUUCUCUCUAGGAAGCAGUCCGUACCCUGGAAUGCCUGUGGAUUCCAAGUUCUACAAAAUGAUUAAGGAAGGUUUCCGAAUGCUCAGUCCGGAAUGUGCACCUCCUGAAAUGUAUGAGAUUAUGAAGAGCUGCUGGAACGCCGAUCCCCUGCAGAGACCCACCUUCAAGCUGAUCGUGCAGCUCAUUGAGCAGCAGCUAUUGGACAGUACUAACCAUGUUUACUCCAACAUCACAACCAGCAGCCCCAACCACGAGAGUCCUGUUGACCACUCUGUGAGAAUUAAUUCAGUAGGCAGCAGUGCUUCAUCCACUCAGCCCCUGCUUGUACAUGAAGAUGCCUGAAGCCUAGGAGGUGAUGGGCCCAAAGGAGGAUGGGCCAGUUCUUUUGGUUUCCAUGACUUUUAUUUUGUCCACCUACUUGCUGGCCACUCUAGCACAGUGGGUGCAUUGCUGUAAUUCUGUCCUUUGUGAAUACAUUGCCAUAGCUUGAAUGAACUCACUCGCUCACCACAGUUGCAGCCAUCGUCACGUUGCAGGGCAGAAGUUGUACAUAUUCUCAUUAAGGAGCUAGCUGGGCAAAAUCCAUAUAGGGCCUGAAUUAAAGGAGUAGGGGUAUUGAUUGCAAUCCCCUUUGACACCUGGCCUGUGAAGGGAGGUUGCUAUUGGAUUAUUUUUUCCUUUUUCAGAUAAUAAAUAAAAGUAGUCGAUCACUUUUGGCCUUUUUUGGUCACAUUUGCAGUUGGGGUACAGGAGCAGAGGCCCUGGUUGGGGGUGCCCCCUUUUUUCUGCCCCAUGAGUGCUCCAUGAGUGCAUCAUAGCCAAACAUUUCUGUGCAAAAUGUCAGGUUGUAAGAAGCAGAGUCAGGGAAGGAGGAAGGCAUACCAUGUUAAACAAAUUCUCCAAAAUGAAAACUAGAUUUUUCAUAUCAGAGAGGUUCAUGAGCCCUGGAAAAAAAGUGUUACAAGUUUCCCAUGUGAAGCAUGAAGGAAAGGCCUCCUAGCCACCACAUAAGCUGGUACUCCUACACUUGGGGCCUCUUUUAAUAGUGACAGCUUAGGUAAGGGGGUAGAUAGAGUGGAUCAACAGUGUGCUUGCAUGGCUAGCACUUAUAUAGGUCCCUAAAGAAAUUGCCCGUGUAUAUUAAGGGAAGAACUUCACUCAUUUGCUUUCGUGCACAACCCUGGAGCCUCCCCAGGGCUUAGGGCUCUCUGUUAAGACUCAAAGCCACAUGAGCAGUUCAUUUGUCAUCUUUUUUUUUUUUUUUUGUCUUUUAUAAAGAAGGAAAGCACAGUCCUAGGAGUCUCUUUAAGCCUGUUAACUUGCUGUACAGAUUUCCCAUACACAGCUUACGAAUCCUAGAAUGGCCUUUUAGCUGAUGCAUUGGAUGCCAUUUGCAAUAUCUAUCUAUCUAUCUACUGCAUGAUGUCUGAGGGCAUGAGAAAGCAAGCUAUUUCAUAUGGAUCCUUAAUGUAGCAGGAAAACUAAUUUAGAUUCAGCCUCAUUUAUAGGCAUGCCCUGGACCCUGGGCCAGUAUAUAUUAUAUAUAAAGAUGUAUGUAUGUGCGUGUGUGUAUGUAUAGAUAAUCUAUUUUGAGGCUAACCUAGCCCUGAGUCCAAGAGGGUACUCAGGCGCCCACAAAGCAGCCUUUGCUUCCUUCCCAAAUACUGCCUUUGCUUCUCUUGCCUCGUCCGUUCACAAUACAUUACCCAAAGCACGGAGAGAAGAGAACGUAAAGUACCUAUUUACACUUGAGGCACUCUGUUACUUAUAUACUCAGUAUACAGCACCAGUCUCUGAGGGCCCCUUUUCUGUUUUGGGUCCCACUGAAUGGGUAAGAAUUGUAUUUAAAUUUUACCUUUUGGUCUCUAGCGCAGGUAAUGGCUUUUGCUAUAGUACCCAUUUCGAUAAACUCCAUAGCUACCCAGGUGAAAUAACCAUUAAAUGAAUACGUGACGGGUUUUAAGCAAGAAUUCCCAUUUGUCUCCAUCAUUUUCCUUCUUCCCUUCCCCAUUCCUUCGACUAUGCUUCCUGGCCGAUCUCUGGCCGCUGAUAGGAAGAUAACCAUUUGCACUGGACUUGCCUAUGCUGUUUCUAAAAGUUGGUGAGUUCUUUGGGGGUAAUUGUUAUGCAGACAGAUAGUUAUCCUGGAGCUUAUUUUCAUCACCAGAACGUUCCUUCCCGUAGCAUCAGCUUUUAUUAUAUUAGUUACGGUAGAAAAAAAAAAGCAGUUGCUAAUUGUAGAUAUCUAGGUACUUCAGGGGCACUUCGCUGAAAGUUUUGUCUCAGAUAUCCUUGAAAGGUUAUAUUUUUAUAAUUUUUUUUUAAUUUUUAAAUCAAAAGUUACUUUGCAGUGGCUGGAUGUUUAAAAUUGUUUUGUGGUGUUUUAUGUAAAUAUUGAGAUGUAGCAAUAAUGUCUUUUGGAUAUUCCCAAAUCCUUAAGUCCUUGAAAAUAUUUUUUUAUAUAUAUAAAUAUAUAUAAAUACAGUAUGUAUAAAUAUGUAAGUGGUGCCAGUUUAAAGGAUAUUGUUCCGUGUUUUUUGUUUUUGUUCUUUUGUUUUGGUUACGUUGCCCAGUUGUUGACAGUUUUGAAGAAUUCUAAUAAAA